AACAGCCAAAACACUGAGGCGUUUUCAUACAUGCGGCACUUUGUAGUAGCUCUUAAAGCGUGUGGAUAACGGUUGAAGUGUACAGGUGAAAAUGUGAUUCAAAUUUGUGUUUUGGGAUGUUUUUAGAAUGCCGCUCGGUUGUCGGAAUAUAGAACCAAGUCGUUUAGGGGCGCACGAGGUUCCAGUGGAUGGGGAAAGCGAUCGGAGAACCGUGCUGUAUACGGUAGCGAAUAACGCUAUCGUGGGAACGCUUCUGCAACUGGCCAGUUUGGUUAGACAUGCAGACGAUCUCUUCUGUGACAUCGCGGACGAGUGUCAAAAGGUUUUAGAUCGAACCGACUCGAUAUCGAAACGAAUCCAGGGUCUAGACGCCACGAUUUCGAAGCUAGACGCUAAGCAGGCAAUUAUACCUGAAGGUGACCUCAAGCAGUUCACAGCGGUUACACACCACCAUGAGGCACGCCACGGUUACGAUGCCAAUUUCUUCAUUCCCACUAACCGACCCCAGUGUGUCCUUGACCUGUACGCCCUGUGUCUGCCGAAUCCCACAAGGGUCAUACGCAGCGCUGACCUCUAUCGUAAAGACGGGCUCAGUGGUUCGAAAAUGUUCAAAUGUUGGCCUGUCUUGAUCAAUGAAAAGAGGGUGCGGACUCCGGACCUCAAUUUAACAAGAUCGAUACAACGGGUGAGAUCAUUUGAGAAGAAGUACAAGCAGCCAAGAGCAAGGCCAAAAACAAUACAUGGAUUUGACGACUUCAAUUUCGAAGAGAUGAAGAAGGGAGCUGUCGACCAACACAAAAGUGCUCAGUGCCUUACCUCCCCAGAACCACCUGUUAUCGUUACCAUAGAUACCUCAGGGUCAAACUUUGAGCGAAUGCAAUCAUUACGGAGUUCCGGUAGACUUCAACUCAGUACAGAAGAGAAAGAGAAGAGGAAAAAACGACGACGGACUGUGUCUGGAUUACAAAACAUUAUGGGUGAAAUCGAGAAAUUUGAUCGGAAAAAGAAAACGGCAGAAGGUCAAAGUCGAACUACCCCAAGGUCGUACAGCUUUGAUGACCUUGAUGAUGAGGAUGAGGUGGAAAGAGACGAAGGCUUGAUGAAAUAUCUUGAUGAGAUUGACGGUAAAAUGGAGGAAAGAACUGGAGAGGAAAAGGCUAAAAAACUACUGAACUUUUUUUGUGGUCGUAGGUCAAAGUCAUUGCCUAGAUGCAUAAAAUUACCUUCAGUGUCACGGUCACUGUCAGCUGACCGGAGGUCAGUGAAGGAUUUGAACACAACUUAUGGCAGUAGCUCUCUCAGUAUUCAAAGUUUGACUUCUAACGCAUCAAGUCGAUUAUCACGAAGUGCAAAGCGAUCUAGUAUUAUCGGCAACAAAAUCAAAUCUUUAGUAACCGGUCAAAAAGACAAACCAAAACCACGACCAAAAUCACUGGAUAUAGACACUUUACUUGACACUAAGGCAAAGCAUAAAAGUUCCAUAGAGGAACAUGAAAGAAGUAAAAGCACAUAUAGUUUGGAAAGAAAACAUUUAUUAACAGUUCCUGACAAUCUUCUUAAGAAGGAAAGCUCAUCCAAAUCCAGUUCCACACUAGGACCGGGCUCAUACUAUAACUUUGAGAGUAACACGUUACCAAGGGCAACUGCUAAGAAGUAUGACUUCCCAUGGGAGACUUUGCCCAAAGAUUGGACCACAUCAGUGAAGCUGAGGGAAAUAUCCAAACGUAGAGCUAAAGAAGACAGGCAAUCUUCCUCAGGCAACUGGAGCCAAAGCGGCACGAGCAGUAACCGUCACUCCCUGGACUCAGACCUGCGCAGUGAGGAGCCCAACAAGUUCCAGUCCCAGUACUCCCUCGGCAAGGACUCUGGCAGAGACUCUCUCACAUUGGAGGAGGAGAACGACUGCGUGACAGACGGUACAAGCACAGCAGGGUACGCAGGCGACACACAGAGCACGAUCACUGGGGACUCCGUUUCAAUCGGCAACCCCAAGACAGACUUCACCCAGCUCGACACCGAGGCUUGGAUAAAAAGUCUCGCGGUACGCGCAGCGCAGAAAGAGGCUGAGAGUGCCGAUAAGUCGUCCUCUCUUUCACGGUUGACUCGGCAAAACAUCCUCGCUCUUGAUCUUAUGCUCGCUGAGGCGAGUCCAAAGAAAAAGAUCGAUGACGAGUCUUCAGUUUAUUCAGUAGAUCAGGAAGGAUUUUAUACCUCAUUUCAUAACGACAGUGGACUGAAGCGUAGUACAAACACGUUAAUUGAUGAGGAUGAAGACGAUGCCUGUCUAACGCCUUGCAAAGACACUUUGAGCAUUGGAAGUGAAGAUAGUGUGAUACACAGGUCAGCGCUAAGUGAUAAGUUUGCUGGCUUACGAAGAGGUGGUAAUCGCAAGAAAGUUCUCAGUAAAGUGACCCCACCCCUGCCUCCAGACAGGAAUUUGUUUGACAGUAACAGUCAGGGCUUUGAUAAUCAGACUAAUAAACCUGAGCUUAACUCAUUUCCAUCUGUAGAAUCAUCAACAGAAUCAGAAGAAGCAGUGUUUACACGUGUUCACGAUAAAACUAACUUGACACACACUGGUUUCCCAUCAUUGGUUGCUCUGUCCACAAGUGAUGACGAAAGUUCCCCUGAAACAAAAUCAGCUGGAUUAAAUUCACAGGGGCUUGAAAGUUCAGUCUUGCAGCAUACAAGGAGCGAUUUAGGACUAUCAAACAUAACUUGUGCUUCAAAUUUUUCGCAUGUUUCGUUGCAAAGUGGAAGCUAUUUGGACGAUAGGACCCAUUCUAGUCCGUCUCUGAAGCAUUCUAGCUCAGUGUUAGAGUGCUCCAAACAGGGAUGUGAUAGCCCUCAGACUGGGAGAAAAGAAAAAUCAAAAGUAGAAAGCAGUUACCAGUCUUGGCCCCGAUCUCAUAAAAGCCAUACUGGUAUACUCAAGUCAAGUGAGAAAUCAGUGGAAAGUUCACGACCUUGUAAAACCUUGAACUUUGACCCAGUUAUUAAUUUGUUUAAAGAAGGUUACCAGGACGCGGUUUCAAAUACCUCUACCAUCACCAACAAAUUCAUCAGCCAGUGAAAGU